GCGAAAUCUGCAUUUGGGAAAUCCCAGGUGGCGGCUUGAGGCGGAGUCCGCCUGGCCCCGCCCCGUAGCACUUGAUUAAUAUUCAUGAGCCCCUGGCAGGUUCAGGACGGAUGCAGAGCUCAGGAACUUAUUUGAUUAUCGCCGCAGUCCACGGACAGUCACCGGACCUCCGACCUGAGGCUUGAGCUGCUGCAGGCACGUGAGCCAUGAAUCUGAAGCACUUCUGCGUGGGCGAGGAUCUCAGCUGUCUGAGCCGUUACAACCAUGCCCAUUCCAUAGACGAUGUGCCAUUUCUCAAAACUGAGCCCUCCAGCCCAAGCUUCACCCUGGACAGCCUGGCACAGUUCAGCCCGGGUGAGCUCUCUGACAGCAGUGUCGGCGGCAGCAGCCUGAUGUCUCGGCGGCACUCUUUGGAGCCCGACUCGCCCAGUCCUUUUUGUCCCCUGCCCGAGUCCUGUGACGACCAAAGGUAUGGGGCUGAACAAAGCAGGCCUGUCUUGUCUGCAGCCCACCAUGGCCAAGAGAGAGUCUACUCAUCAGCCCUGAGCUCAGGAUCAAAGCGACUCUGCCUGGUCUGUGGAGAUCUGGCAUCAGGCUACCAUUAUGGGGUGGCAUCAUGUGAAGCGUGCAAGGCAUUCUUUAAGAGGACUAUUCAAGGUAACAUUGAGUACAGCUGCCCAGUGGUGAAUGAAUGUGAAAUUACCAAACGAAGGAGGAAGUCAUGUCAAGCGUGUCGCUUCCGAAAGUGCCUGCAAGUCGGGAUGAUGAAAGAAGGAGUCCGAAUGGACCGAGUGAGAGGAGGUCGGCAAAAGUACAGAAGGCGGAUCGACGCUGGCUCUGCAUUAAUCCUGAGCACACCGUGUACACAACCUAAGACGUCAACAGCCAAUAAAGUCAUUUCCCACCUGCUGGUGACAGAGCCCAGGCCAAUGUGUGCCACCCCUGAUGCCAACACUGCAGACAGCAGCAGCAUCCAGACCCUGAUGACCCUGUGUGACCUUCUCAAUCGGGAGCUACUCAUGGUGAUCAGCUGGGCAAAGCAAAUUCCAGGCUUCUCCAGCCUCUCCAUUGCAGAUCAGAUGUCACUGCUUCAGAGUGGAUGGAUGGAGACUCUGGUGAUCAGUGUGGUGUCGCGUUCGUUGAGCUUCUCAGAAGAACUGUAUUUUGCUGAGAAUUGUAUCUUGGAUCGGAUGCAGUGCAGGAACACAGGCCUUCUAGAUCUUCACACAGCUCUUCACCAGCUUGUUACCAAAUACCAAAAGAUGGGUCUCUCUCCGGAGGAACUUGUGACACUCAAAGCCAUGGCUCUGGCCAAUGCAGAUUCUGGACAUAUUGAAAACAUGGAAGCAGUCCAACAGCUCCAGGACCAUCUCCAUGAAGCUCUGCAAGACUAUGAAGCCCAGCAGCAUCCCCAAGACCCUCACCGGACAGGCAAGCUGCUAAUGACCCUGCCAUUACUGAGGCAAUCUGCCAGCCGGGCCACACAGACUUUUUUGCGUCUGCAAACGGAGGGCAGGGUGCCCAUGCACAAACUUUUUCUGGAGAUGCUAGAGGUUAACAUGUGAAGGGCAAUCAGAAUCGGAGCCUGCUGCGGGUCAGAAAAAGACAAUAAAGACAACGCUGCCUUUGUGUGCGGAGCUGUGGUUGGUGGUGCUCCCAUGUUUAGAGGGCUUUCUGAUAACGUGACAGUUAGGUUGGUGUUUAAUGUAGACAGAGCACAGUAUGUAGUGUCUUCAUGCUGACCUCCUAUUCAAGACACUUCCAUUUUGUUCUUCCAGAGUCAGUACUAAGUAACUCAUUUGUUCCUGUAAAGCACAUGAGUGAUCGUUUUAGGCUGAUCCAAAACUUCGAUAGACUCAUUUGGUAGACCCCAAGAGGAGCCUUGGAGUCAUCCUCCUUAGGGAUCUCCAGCAUUGUGUGUGUGUGUGUGUGUGUGUGUGUGUGGCAGACCACUAGACGUGGGUUACCCUGGCAUUAAUCUGAAGGUUUGAUGUGGGAAUGAAGCUGCGGUCUGCUGGUGUGCUAGUUGUGGCCCUCAGAAUUGGGAAUAUGGGGAAUGUGAAGGUGUCCCUUCCCUUCCCCAGGGCCAGCCUCAGAUUUUCUCUCUUGGAGGAUGCACAGUUAAUGUAAAAAGGAUUCCUUAUUAUUAU